AUGGGCGGUGUUUUUACCAAGCUCAUUCCCCGCAACACAGACUCGCUGCAUCUGAAAGGCUGGCACCUGACUAUAUCCCCACAGCAGAUUUGGGAUGCUGUCCAACGGCACAACACCGGCGGUCACAAUGCCCUAAUGGCAAGGGAGUCUGGCGCCGACUGCCUGUCAAAAUGGGUCGGUGAGGCUGAAUGCCAACUUCGUCUUCUGUUCGAGGAAGCACAGAACUGCCAACUGAGUAUCAUCUUCUUUGAUGAAAUUGAUGGAUUAGCACCCGUCCAGUCAUCGAAGCAGGAUCAGAUCCAUGCUUUGAUUAUCUCAACACUUCUUGCAUUGAUGGACAGUAUGGAUGGACAUGAGAAUAUCAAGGGACUUGCAAAGUUCACGAAGGGCUACGGUGGUGCUGAUCUUCGGUCCAGUGACCGACUUCUCCUCAAGCCUGAGACUAUUGGUGUCACAUUCAGAGACUUCAUGAUCUCCAUUAAAAAGCUCAUCCCAUCAUCUAGAGCUCGUCCCAUCAUCUGCACGCUCAAGUCUGUCGUCCCUCCUUCGAACUUGAGCCACGCUGAUUCCAGUCGUUACCCCCCGUUUGCAGAUCAUCAGUCUGUCGACCCUCCUUCGAGCACGAGCCGUGCUGCUCAGAGUCAUUGCCCACCAUUUGCACAUACAUUACAACAUCAAUUCAUGUCUCAAUCACAUAUCGCAAACGUCUAUUCCAACAUGCAUAUCACAAACCUCCCACCUCGACACUAA